AGCUAAACAUAGAAGAGUCGUACAGAAAACAGCUCAGUUGCAAUUGAGUUGUUGACCGUGGCGGACUUGAAUUAUUAGCGAGUUCUCACGUUUAAGUUCUUUUUUAAGAUUGUAAAAAAUUAUAUAUAUAUAUAAAAAAUAAAAUACUGAAGUAAAAAAAAAACCAAAUUGGAAAAGUUUUACACACAUCCAUAGAAAAAAAUUUUUUUAUUUGUAAGACUGUUAGCAAAGGUGUGGAGCACUUAAAGGCCGUAAAAGACUUAAAAAAACGCAAGCAUUUUUUAAUUUUAACUAAAACCCAACAACAAACAACAGCAGUAGUUUACAAAAUUCUCCAGUAAAGGAUUUAACUACCAACAACAACAACAGCUUUAAAUUUUUUUAAUUAAACCCUUUUAAACACAAAAAACACAUUAAAUAUGGCCGAUCAACUAACAGAAGAACAAAUUGCUGAAUUCAAAGAAGCAUUCUCACUUUUCGAUAAAGAUGGUGAUGGCACCAUCACAACAAAGGAAUUGGGCACAGUCAUGAGAUCGCUCGGUCAAAAUCCCACAGAAGCUGAAUUGCAGGAUAUGAUCAAUGAAGUCGAUGCUGAUGGCAACGGCACAAUUGAUUUUCCUGAAUUCUUGACAAUGAUGGCCCGUAAAAUGAAGGAUACCGAUAGUGAAGAAGAAAUCCGAGAAGCCUUCAGAGUAUUCGAUAAAGAUGGUAACGGCUUCAUUUCAGCGGCUGAAUUACGUCACGUCAUGACAAAUUUGGGUGAAAAGUUAACAGACGAAGAAGUCGAUGAGAUGAUUCGAGAAGCUGAUAUCGAUGGUGAUGGUCAAGUCAAUUACGAAGAAUUCGUGACUAUGAUGACAUCAAAGUGAGCAGCUAAAUUACUUCUUUUUAAGCUUUUCUAUGUUUUUAAGAUGUUGACGAAGACUGUAGCUGGGCGCAUUAACAACGCGCAAUUGCUGCUGCUAUGGAUAAAUAACAACUACAACAACAACAACAACAGCAUAAAAUAUUUAAAUGAAGAAACAACAACAAACACUAUUGAAAACUUAAAAAUUUAAAUUGAAAAUAAAAAUAUAAAUAUUAUAUAUAUAUAAAAAAAAACAUGAAAAAGAAUAUUACAAAAAUAAAAACACCUAUCCCUCAACAACAACUUAAAAAACUUAAAUUUAUAUAAAAAACAACAACAACAUUUAAAUAUAAAUACAAUUAAUAAAAAAAAAACUUAAUAAAAAAAAC